AUGAUUGAAAGAGCAGAUUUCCUGGUUUGCCACGGUAGAUUUCCAUGGAUAAAAAUGAUCCCAUUGAAAGUUUUGAGAUUCGUUUGGCAUGCUAAACAAAACAAGAUAGCUACAGCUGAAGCCCUCCGGAAUAGGGGUAUUGUAAUGGACUCGUCUUUGUGUGGAGUGUGUCGUGAAUCUGAGGAGACAGGAGAUCAUCUCCUGGUCUCAUGUACUAUAGCUAAGGAUACUUUGAACUCGAUCUUCAACUGGUGCAAUGUUCAGGUGUCUGGGAUCCAUUCGAGCAGUUUUCUUUAUUUUGAUAGUUUGUUAAUGGAGAACAAAGAUUAUAUUGAUAACAAUAAGGACUUUUCUGAUAACAAUGAUCGGAAUGUUAAUCAAUGCCAAAUGCAUCAAGAUCGAAAGAAAAUAAGAAGAUGUGUGAUUUGUUUGGUGUUGGUCAUGAUAGGAGGAAUUGUCUUCAAGCAAGGGUCAACAGAUAGUAGAUUUUUACUUCGUCAACAUAUUUUAGGAUAUGAAUAAUGUUUUCAAUUUAGUCUUAUCAGAUUUUAUGGAGUUUUAUUUCAGUAUAAUAAUGAUAUGGAUUCAUGAAUUAUAGGGGG